GUGACAUUCUUUCCGGAGUGUGUUUUGUGGGUCAAUUAGACACCCAUUCCCUGGGUGUUUUUCUCAUCAUACCUUUGUGUAUAUAUCUGUCAAUUGGAGCUCUCUUCCUUUUAGCUGGUUUCGUCUCACUCUUUCGCAUACGCACCGUCAUGAAGACCGAUGGCAAACGUACUGAUAAAUUAGAACGCUUAAUGAUGCGUAUAGGUUUCUUUUCGGGUCUCUUCAUCUUACCCGCUCUAGGCUAUUUGGGAUGCUUAUUCUAUGAAUACUAUAACUUCGAUGAAUGGAUGAUACAAUGGCAUCGCGAUAUCUGUAAACCUUUCUCAAUACCUUGCCCCCUGCCACGACCAGAUGGUUCUGAGUCAAGGCCUAUUUUCCAGAUUUAUAUGGUCAAAUAUUUGUGUUCAAUGCUAGUGGGUGUUACCUCAAGUGUGUGGCUGUAUUCGAGUAAGACGGUGGUGAGUUGGCGUAACUUUGUGGAGAGACUGCAGGGUAAAGAGACGAGAACUCGAGGGCAGGCAUAUGUGUAAGUUAGUUUUAAGCUGCAGCAAAUUUGAAAAGAAAUUUUAAAAAUUAUAAAUGUGAAAGUAUGACAAGAACAAAAGAAAAACUAUUAAAAAUAAGUUAAGUGAUGUGUUUAUAAUAAUUGUAUAAAAAAAAUAAUUGACAAAAAUUAUAAAAUUAAAAUAACAAAAUGUGACCACAAAGCAAUUGAGUGCUCAAAAUAUUAUUUUUUUUUCGUUAAAAGUUAAAAAAUAAAAUGAUCUAGUAAUAAUAUAGGUUUAAAGUGUAUAAACUUUAAACAAACACUCUUAAGCUUUGAGUGGAAAACAACCAAAAUUUAGUAUUCAAAAAAGGGUGUUAGAUUAUCAUUAGUAAAAGGUUUUGAAAAUUGACAAAAUAUUACUGAGAUACUCCACCUUUUGCCAAACCCUUUUAUUAUUUUGUAAUAUUAUUUAACUAUAAUUUUAAGUUAAACAAAAUAUAUUUGCUUAAUUGUUUUUAAAUUUAUUUUAUUUUUUAAAUUUAUCAUCAUGAGUAAAAAAGCUUUACAUGUGCCCUACAUUAUAAGUUGAAUACAAAUAGUUUUAAAACAAACAUAAACUAAAACU